AUGUCACAGAAGAGAUAUUUGAUGUGUGAAGCCAGCAGGCUGGCGAAGAGGAAAAAUGCGGAUAUAUUCCGAAAUCUGCCCAAAGUACCUACGACGCAAUACCUGGAACCUAGGGAACUGACGCGCGACAUCCUUUACAGUGGGUACCGGCCCAAUAUCUACCCUAUGCGAGAAAAUCCUCUGUACAAAGAAGCCGGGAAACGCGAGUCACGUGCCCUCGGAAAGUCGUUCGUCAUCGCUGGGAACGCAGCGAAUCAGUUCAGCGCACUAGCUGGGCCUUCUGGUACCGGUGGCAUCAGCUCCGGUGGCGUCAAUGGGACGUGGCGCUACAACCCACGCAUCCCUGCGAAAUUGCUUCCUUUUAGCCUCUGGAGCGCGAGCAGCAUGGCGAUGGAGUACUAUCCCGAGUGGAUCGGUGUUCCACGCAGGGUUGUAGACGAACUGCGGCCCUUCAGUUCCCCACCUUCUCCUCCGAUCAAGAUGGUGAGUGCAGCAGCUGAGCCGUCAGCUGUAAACGCAAACCAACAUCCUGACGCCGCGACGCCUACGACGUCCGCGGUGUCCGCGCCAGCGUCCAAAUCUCGGAAAAAACGCAGCAUUAUGGCAGGCGGUGACUACUCGGAUAAAAAGGUCUCCAAGCAAAUCAGCCAGUUCAUAAAGUAUCUACGCGAGAAGGACGAAAGGUGA